AUGCCUGAAAAAUCGAAGAAACACAGAGUAGUUAUUCCUUGGUCGACCCAUUUUAAAGAAGAGCAUAAAAAAGUCACCAACCUUUACGUGAAAAACAAAAUACGGACGACAAAAUACCGGUUUUGGUCCUUUAUACCGAGGAAUCUCUUUGAACAGUUCCAUAGAGUUGCCAAUCUGUACUUCCUAUUUAUAGUGUUGCUUAACUGGGUUCCAGCGGUGGAGGCCUUUAGGAAGGAAAUCACCAUGAUCCCCCUGUGUGUGGUUCUCACCAUUAUUGCAGUGAAAGACGGCCUGGAGGACUACACAAAGUACAAACUCGACAAGAAGAUAAACAAUUUCGUCACCAGGGCGUAUUGUAGAAAAGCGAGGGACUACGUGAAUAGGUUUUGGAGCGACGUUGCCGUGGGUGACUUUAUCCGACUGUCGUGUAACGAGGAGAUUCCAGCGGACAUGAUCCUGAUCUAUUCCAGUGACGGGGAUGGAAUCUGCCACCUUGAGACCUCAAGCCUGGACGGAGAGACCAACCUGAAGCAGAGGCAGGUGGUAAAAGGCUUUGCUGAGCAGGCCUAUGAAAUUAAUCCAGAAGAAAUUAUAUGCAGAAUAGAAUGUGAGAGUCCGAACAAUGACCUUAACUCCUUCCGGGGCUUCAUUGAGAAUGUGGAUCAGGAGCGAGUGGGCCUAAAUAAGGACAACCUGUUGAUGCGUGGAUGUAUUGUCAGAAACACCGAAGCUGUUGUCGGGAUUGUGGUGUACGCAGGUCACGAAACAAAAGCCAUGUUAAACACAACAGGAGCUCGCUACAAGCGAAGUAAACUAGAGAAGAGAAUGAACAAAGACAUCCUCUGGUGUGUGUUGCUUCUGAUAGUGAUGUGUUUUAUCGGGGCGAUCGGCCACCGGCAUUGGCUAAGUGCCCACGAGAGACCCCCUCUCUACGCAAGCGGAAAAGAACUCCGUGCAGAAUUGGGAGGUUUUUUAAUGUUCUGGACGAUGAUCAUUUUAUUGCAGGUCUUGAUCCCAAUCUCUCUCUACGUGUCCAUUGAAUUUGUGAAACUGGGACACAUCUUUCUGAUCCGGAAUGACCUGGAUUUAUACGACGAAGCCUCCGAUCGAAAGAUUCAGUGCGGAUCGCUGAAUAUCGCAGAAGAUCUGGGCCAGAUCGAAUACAUUUUCUCGGACAAAACCGGAACGCUGACAGAGAAUAAAAUGGUGUUUCGGAGAUGUAGCAUUGCGGGAUUAGAAUACGGCCACGAAGAAAAUGCCAAAAGACUGGAAACGUAUCAAGAUUACGAAGAGGAAGAAGAGGACGCAGCCUUUUUCUCCUCCCACUCUUCGCUGAGGCACGCAGCCAGGGCGAGGUUCUUCAGCCACAGGUCCAGCGAAUUUCUGAAUACCCGGAUUCUUCCCAGGACCAGCAGCAUGGGACUUGGUAGCUGGAGACACCUCGCUUUCAGCAGCCCUCUGGAGACGGACGUUGUGCCAGAUAUGCGACUAUUAAAAAAAGUGAACCGGGUCUCAUCCAGAGCAUACUACUAUCCAGGCAAACAGAAACUGAUCCCGGAAAUAGUGUACAUCACUGAAUUCUUCAUAGCCCUGGCAAUUUGCAACACGGUGGUCGUCUCAGAACCUGACCAACCACGACUUAGGUUAUUGGACACUCUGGAAAUGCCAGCGGGGUCCCCUAGCCCCAAAAAGCCAGACAUUUUAAGAUUACCGGAAGACCGCCCGGACCGAUUGUCGUACGAGUCGUUAAAUAUUCCAGAGAUCUGUUACGAGGCCGAGAGUCCCGACGAAGCGGCCUUGGUGCACGCUGCCAGGGCUUACCAAUGCACCUUGAAAGCUAGAAGUCCCGAUCAGGUGCAGAUCGACUUUGCGUCUUUGGGAAUGCUAACGUUCCAGCUUUUGCACCUGUUGCCUUUCGACUCCGUCCGCAAACGUAUGUCCGUGGUGGUGAAGCAUCCCAUGUUAAACCAAGUGGUGGUGUACACGAAAGGAGCAGACGCCGCCAUCAUGAAUUUGCUGGACCUGGGAUUAACAGGCAAAGAUAAAAUAGCGGCACAGAGGAAGAUGGUCCAAGAAAGAACGCAGAGGCACUUAAACGAUUAUGCCAGACAAGGACUACGCACGCUUUGUAUCUCUAUGAAGGUGCUGAGCAACGAGGAGUAUGAAGAGUGGCUAAAAGGACAAUAUGUAGCCGAGAGCAGCAUAGAAAACCGAGAACAGCUACUUCUGGAGUCAGCGGAGAGACUUGAAAACAAAUUGACUCUGUUGGGCGCCACUGGAAUUGAAGACCGGUUGCAAGAGGGGGUUCCAGAAACCAUAGCGGCUCUUCGGAAAGCGGGAAUUAAUAUUUGGAUGCUAACGGGCGAUAAAAAGGAGACGGCCAUCAAUAUUGCUUAUUCCUGCAAAUUAUUGGACGGGUCGGACAAGCUUUUCACCCUGGACAGCGAGAAUUUGGAGACCUGUGCCCUUAAAGCAAAAAGCAUUUUGGAAGAUAUCGAUACCAGGACUGGCACCCCAAAGGCGGACAACACCCCAGGAACGGCGGCGUCCGCCGGGAGCUUUGCCUUAAUCAUAAACGGGCCGACGCUGGACUUUGCUCUGCACAAAAAGGUGAAGGACACGUUCAUGCAGCUUGCAAGGAAGGUCCGCGCGGUCAUCUGCUGCAGGGCCACCCCCCUGCAGAAGAGCAAAAUGGUGAAGCAGGCGCAGAAGGAGCUACAGGUGAUGACGUUGGCUGUCGGUGACGGGGCCAACGAUGUCAGCAUGAUUCAGGUGGCGGACAUUGGAAUUGGAAUUUCCGGGCAAGAAGGCAUGCAGGCUGUGUUAGCCAGCGACUUCGCAAUUUCUCAAUUCCAGCAUCUCAGGAAGCUGUUAUUUGUUCAUGGCCACUGGUGUUACACCCGACUGGCUAACAUGAUCCUCUACUUCUUUUACAAGAACGUGGCAUACGUCAAUCUCCUGUUCUGGUACCAGUUCUUUUGUGGGUUUUCAGGAACGCCCAUGAUUGAUUAUUGGAGUCUGAUUUUCUUCAAUCUCCUCUUCACAUCGGUACCACCCGUCAUAUAUGGGGUUUUAGAUAAAGAUAUCUCUGCAGAAACUCUCCUGAACCAUCCGGAGCUUUACAAAGCCAGUCAGAAAGAUGAGCCAUACGUGGGUGUAGCAUUUGCAAUGAACUUGGUGGAUGCCUUUUACCAAAGCCUGGUUUGCUUUUUUAUCUGCUACUUCACAUUCCGAGAUUCUGAUGUAGAUAUCUAUUCUUUUGGAAAUCGUAUGAAUACUACCAUGUUCUUUAUAAUAUUACUACAUCUUCUGAUUGAAAGUAAAAAUGUGACUAUUAUCCAUUUCUCAGUUUUGGGGGGUAGCAUCUUCCUAUAUUUCUUCAUUCUUGGGCUGCUGGGAGCUUUCUGUGUCCUCUGCAACCCACCAGCAAAUCCCUACUGGAUUAUUCAGAGGCAAUUAAUGAAUCCGAUGUUUUAUCUUGACUUCACGAUCGCAGUUACUCUGGCUUUGCUUCCAAGAUUCCUGUUCAGAGUAAUUGAAACCACCGCGUUUCCAAGUCCAUUAUUACAAGCCCGGAUUCGUGAACAUCAGAGCCACGCAAAACAGAAGAGUGGACAACAAACACACACACACAAGUCUACAUGA